UACGACGAUCCCAGGGACGAAGUUCCAAAAGAUCUCCAUGACGUUCUCACAGAAGAUUCUGACGAUGCUUUUGCGGAUUUGGAAAAAGAAUUCGCCGUCAAAAAGCAAAAGUUGAUGGAAGAACGUGCCCGCAAAAGAGAGCGAAACCGAACCGCACUCCAGGUGGAACGCUCGCCCUCUCCAAAGCGGUUUAAAGAAGAGUCGAAGCCCAAGACUGUGAACUACACCGUCACACUGUCAAGUGCAACCCGGCCACUUGAGCCCGACAUUCCAAAGCCUCUUGUGGCGCCCCUGAGAGCCUUUCAAAAAGUUCCCUCUGUGUCUUCAAAUCAAUUCGCAACGCGUCUCUUCGAAAACGAAAAUCAAAGCUCGAGCAUUAACUACAACGAAAGAUUCUAUGAAUUUGAAAAUAUUCCAAAGGGAAAGCUGGUGGUUUUAAACGAUCAGAAUGCAAAGGAUGAAAUAUCCGGCGAAAUCCUUAGACGAAGACUCAUCCAAGAAGGCGACGCACAGCGCCUCUUAAAGGAUACAAAAGUCCUCCGGGUGUCUAAGCUCUUAGCCAAAAUCGUGCCUCCUAAGUACGAGGAGCCUAUGUAUACCAACUGGUGCCUUACUGGGAUAGUUAUUUACAAGAGCGAUCCGAAGACCACGGUAAACGGUAAGAAGUAUAUGACUCUUCGCGUUGGAAACUUCAGUAUAACAGUCGAUCUCUUUCUUUUUGGGGACGCAUUCCAAAAGUACUGGAAGCUACGUUGUGGUGAUGUCAUUGCUGUUUUGAAUCCGACCGUCAAGAAGUACGGCUCCGGCUUCAACUUGUCAUUACAGGAUGGCCUCGACUGCAUACUCGAAAUCGGGGCCCUGAAGAAUUAUGGGCAUUGCUCCGGAACAAAUAAAGAAGGUGGCACAUGCAAAUUUGUCAUUGAUUUGCUGAAAAAUGAUCUAUGCAGCUUCCACGAAGAAAGUAAAUUCAAACGUGGCUCACGGAUGGAACUUCAAGGUAGUGUGAAACCGAAGGCUCCAAAAAAUAAGCAAGGUCAGACCAGUCAGGCAUUUAUGAGCGGAUCAACAAAUAAACCCCUAUAUGUACAGUAUCUCAACGCUGGUUUUCUGGAGAAGGAUGCCGUGUAUAAUGGAGGCGAACAGUUUGAUCAGUCAAAGUACGAUCGGCCUGUGAAAGAGAACGAUGCUGCAAAAUUGCGGAAACGCAAAGCAAAUGAAAAGCUACGUUUGCAGUUGCUCAAUAGUGCACCGCCUAACCGCUUGAACGAUUUGGAAAAAAUGGGUAUUAUACCGCAAGGAGAGCAGGAAAAAAUCGAGCGGCAGAACUCCCUUCUGAAAAUCAAACUGCAGGCUUUCAAAAAUAAAUUUCUUAAGGGGAUGGGCUACGAUCCUACUUUCGAAAAAAGUCACCAGCUAGAUAAGAUUAAACCCACGAAGUCGAUGGAAGAAUUACUCUCAAUCAGCAAGAGUAAAAAGGUCAGUUUGCAACCUUCCGAAGAAGAAAAGAGAAAAAAA